AUGGCGGCUGUCGCGAGCAGCGCCGAAACCAGGAUCCAGACAGAUCAGGAUCCGCCGAGUAACGGAUCUUCCGCACUUUCUUCCUCCUCCGCCUCCGCCGUCUUUAGGAAGAUCGACUUUCACCCCGCCAGGAAACCCUUAAUUGGCUUCUCUAAUUCCAAUUAUAAGGUCGAGACUUUGAAUCCCAGCUCCGCUAACAAGCGACCAUUCUCCUCACUGUCCGUCAAGAAGCCCGACGGCUCCGAUUUGUUGGAACACGGGCUAGAUCCGGAGCUUACUUUUACCAUAACCUUCCGGAAAAUCGGUGCGGGUUUGCAGAAUCUCGGGAAUACAUGUUUUCUUAAUUCGGUAUUACAAUGUUUGACAUACACUGAGCCAUUAGCUGCUAACCUGCAAAAGCUUGCGCAUGGGAAUCGCUGCCAUGUUUCUGGCUUUUGUGCUCUAUGUGCAAUGCAGAAGCAUGUCAGGAAUGCCCGUCAAGCUACUGGCAGAAUAUUAGCACCAAAAGAUUUGGUCUCAAACCUGCGAUGCGUAUCACGAAACUUCAGAAAUUGUCGGCAAGAAGAUGCUCAUGAAUACAUGAUCAAUCUGCUAGAAUGCAUGCACAAGUGCUGUCUCCCUUCUGGUGUACCAAGUGAAUCCUCUGAUGCUUACAGGAGAAGCUUGGUACACAAAAUUUUUGGUGGUAGACUCCGUAGUCAGGUGAAAUGCGAGCAGUGUUCCCAUUGCUCCGACAAGUUUGAUCCAUUUCUUGACCUGAGUCUAGACAUUUCGAAGGCAGAUUCAUUGCAGAGAGCACUUUCACGUUUCACUGCUGUUGAGCAUUUAGAUGAUGGUGCAAAGGUUUACCAGUGUGAAAGAUGCAAGCAGAAGGUUAAGGCUAGGAAGCAGCUAACUGUUUCUAAAGCCCCUUAUGUUCUGACGGUACAUCUCAAGCGGUUUGAAGCUCAUAGAUCAGAAAAAAUCGACAGGAAAGUCGACUUUACCUCUGCAAUUGACAUGAAACCUUUUGUCAGUGGUCCCUAUGAAGGUAAUUUGAAGUACACUCUAUAUGGUGUACUAGUUCAUUAUGGUCGAAGCAUUCAUUCUGGUCACUACUCCUGCUUUGUUCGCACUUCAACUGCAGUAUGGUAUGCCCUUGAUGACAAUAGGGUUUCCCAAGUAAGUGAGAAGACUGUGUUCAAUCAGAAGGCCUAUAUGCUAUUCUAUGUUCGUGAUGGACAAAAUAUAGCCCCAAAGAAUGCAGUUCCCGUGGUUAAGAAAGAGAUUUCAAAAGAGAGCCUUGCAACAAGCAGAGCUUCUUCGAUUAUACCUUCUAUCAGAAAUGAUAAAGUGAAUGGUUCAGUCAUCAAAGCAUGUAGUUUUGACACUCUUGUUGCCAACGGUACACCACUCUUGAGACCAUGUGAUCAAGGUGCUCCUGCUGUCUUAACCCAAAAAGAUCUAAAUCCUAAAGAGACCCAAAAUGGUUCCCCAAGCUGUGUGGAGGCAAAAGAGAUCGUUAAGAGGGAAACUGGUACAGCACCCUUGAGAUCAUGUGAUCAAGGUACUCCUGCUGUCUUAACCCCAAACAAUCUAAAUCCCAAAGAGACCCAGAAUUGUUCCCCAAGCAAUGUGAUCGCUAAGAGGGAAAAUGGUACAUCACCCUUGAGAUCAUGUGAUCAAGGUGCUCCUGCUGUCUUAACCCAAAAAGAUUUAAAUGCCAAAGAGACCCAGAAAGAUCUCCCAAGCAGUGUGGAGGCUAAAGAGAUCCUUAAGAGGGAAAAUGGUACAGCAAUCUUGAGAUCAUGCGAUCUAGGUGCUCCUGCGGGCUUAACUCAGAAAGAUUUAGAUACCAAAGAGACCCUUCAGAAGGAAGUGCCACUUCCGCAGGCUAAUGGGGAAGGAUCUUUGCUAAAGGAGAAGUCACAGGCUGUUUGCGCUAUAUUGCCCGAGAAGAAUUGUGUUAAUAAUUUGGAUGAGCCUUCCAAUUCACUCAAGGUUAAAAAUGUAUCGAUUGGUAUUUCAUCUAUUGAAGCAGCUCUUGUUGACCAGACUUUGGGACAUCACUCGGAAGAAUCGGACACUUUGAUUGAGUCAAUAAAGGCAACUUCUAAUGAGGAGACUCUCACCCAAUCAAGAAAGACUCGCAAGCGUAAGAUGAAAAUCCUGCCGGUGGGAUUAAAAUUUUUUAAGCUGACCCUGGGCGUACGCAAAAAAAAGAAACAGAAGAGGGGAAGAUCAGGUACCGUUGCUGUUAAUACUAUCUCUGAGGAGCCCCUAUCCAUGAAAAGAGCUACAGAUCAAGAGCAUCAUUCCACUUCACAGAUAACUAGCGAAGUUAAUUCUGGCGCUGCUUGCUUGAACGGGAAGGAUAACAGUGUCAGUAUCCAUAAUAAAAGGAUGAGUAGUAGUAACGGGAAUAUGUUGCUUGGCUCUCGAACCAGAGAGCUCAAGGAGAGAACUAAUCAAAAUGGUGCCGUUCUUGCGUCCGACCAACAGCAACCGUUGAGGAGCUCUGACUUGCCUGAAGCAAGCCAAAACGCUAAAAGAAAGAGAGACGAACAAAUCUUGUUAGAGAAAGAACAGGUGACCAUUCUCACGCGGGGGUUGCCGGAGAUAGUUGUUGGCAAAUGGGACGAGGAAGUUUCAGCUUCUAAGAAGAUGGUAAAGAGUGAAGGCACGAGAAUCGGCUAUGUAGCAGAUGAGUGGGAUGAAGAGUAUGAUAGAGGGAAGAAAAAGAAGAUAAGGGUGAAAGAGGAGAUGUUUGGAGGGCCGAACCCGUUCCAGUUGUUUGCUUCGAAGAAAAUAAAAGAUACAAAGAAAUGGACGCAACGUAUGAAUACUGCAAAGACAGGCUUGAGGAUAUGA